UCAUAAGAUAACGAUUUCUUUGAAAUUCGGGCCGUCGACUUGCCACCAAACACAAAUACAAGUAAAUAUACUACGGUGACCUAAUUCGCAGUGAACAGCAAAGGAAGUCGCGCAUACGACGGUCUCGCCGCCCAACUUCGUCUGGUCUCUGUAAACUUACCGAGACGUUAUCGUCUUUGGAACUGAAGCCAUGGGCAACACCAGCUCGUCAUCCACACGCGGCCAUCACGACGAUACUGUAGACUAUGGCCAUCUCGCUCCUCAGGGCGUCUACACUGGGCCUAAUGACUGGAAUCAUGGGAUCGUUACCCAGUUCAUUGUAGAUCGCAAGCUUGCUCCUUUCUAUCGACCUCUAGAAGAUUACAAUGAAAACUGGGACGAUGAGCAGAUCAUGUCAGCCAGGAGGGUCCUCCCAGAUUCUGACAGCGGCCACUCCGACACUACUCCCACAAGGGUUGACUCACGAGAUUGCUCAAAGCCUGCUAAUCAAUCUAAGCGGCCCGUUGCAUUGAAGGAGCCCUCUCGUUGUCCAGAGGCCGCCGUUUACAGAGGUGCUGUCGAAUGCCCAAUAUGUUUCCUUUAUUAUCCCCCUAAUAUGAACCAUUCAAGGUGUUGCGAUCAGGCAAUAUGCACGGAGUGUUUUGUUCAGAUAAAGAGGACCGAACCCACGGCUACACAUCUCGUAUCUGAACCAGCAGCAUGCCCAUAUUGUGUACAGGAGAAUUUUGGUGUGGUAUAUACUCCUCCUCCAUGGCGUACUGGAAUUGGGAGCGACGGAACGUCCCCACCAGUAUGGGCUGAGACUUCCAAAGCCUCGCAGCAGAAUUUGUCUAGCGCGGCUCACAAGCGACGCCGCAAGAGCUUUGGUCAUGAUAGUCCGGAAGUGGUUACGACAGAUCAAAUACGGCCAGACUGGGAAGCUAAGCUUGCCGCUGUUCGAGCUGCGGUUACGCGCCGUGCAAAUAGGCGAAUAAUCAUGCGUCAAGUAGGGGACAGACUCAUCCCAGUCGGUGUGACGAGUGGCCGUGUUCAUCCACUACCGACCGGCGAUGGUCAGGACGGCGGUGAAGUGGACCCUGGUGCCACCCGAAGAAGCCGGCGGCAUAGAAAUAAUGGUCAACCGGAUAUCAGCCAGUUACUGGGUCAGAUGGGGCUCGGUGGCCAAGAUUUGGAAGAGUUAAUGGUCAUGGAGGCUAUGCGCCUUUCACUUAUGGAGCAUGAAGAGCAGCAGAGAAAAGAAGAAGAGAAGCGCAAGAAAGAAGCUGCUGCUGCUGCUUCAGGGGGACAUAUAGAGGGAGAUACUCCUGGUCGGUCGAGCGAGGAUCAAACGACCACCAACACAGUAGGGAACGACGCUUCCAAUAGCUUAUCGGCGGCCCGGAGCUUGGAAUCGGGAGAGGCCACAGCCGAAGCGAAUCACGGUGGUAGUCGGGCAAUGACUCCUGUAGCAGGUCAACCAACCUCUUCAUCUCACUCGCAGACACCCGUUGAUACCAGCGCCACCCGCAGUGACGGGACAAUCUCGAUCUCAGCCCAACCGCGAUGCAUGACACCGGGUGCUUCAUUUCCGAUGGUUGGUGAUGGAAUUAUUGAUUCCACGGCAUCGGCAGUGCCCAAUGGAGUAGUCAAGCUUUCAAGUCAGAAUGCUUCCAUGUAUAUUGACAACAUGAAGCCAUCCACAGGGACGCCUGGUGCGGCCUCCAUAUCGUCCUCCAUUUCCAGCCCCAAUACUCCAGGACAAUCAUCUUAUGACGCCCUUCCAUCUUCACCAGAAUCGUUAAUGGAAGAGCCGUUGUUGAACACGGACUUGGUUUCAGUCACGGCUGCCGCAAAGCCCGCUGGUUCCUGAUCGCCAAUCGUGGUGGUAUUGGGGAUUGGUGGGUGGUAUUAGUAUUUUGUCAUUCAUCGUUUAUAGAUCCUGGAGGAGCAUCUUUCGUAAUUCCUAAUGUUUGCAUACUUUCUUUGAGCUUGACAUUUCAGCCCUGUUGAAUACAUCACCACUGUAGCUAUCUGACAUGUCGUUUCAAUGAAUUUGAUUUGUUCGCCGCUAGCGGAAUUGCCGCGGAAGUCGUCGACUUCGUGGAAGAUCG